AUGUCGCACAAAUCUGAGCACCGUCUCAGUGCAGACGGCACCACCAUCAAUGCCGAUCUGAACAGCAAGGAAGCGGAUGGCUAUUCGACGCCGCUUGAGACGCCCGCCACACCCUCGCCGCCGAGCCCAGAGAAGGAGUCCAAAGAGCCACAAACCCUCGAGGCACCCGCAGCCGUCACCACCACCACCACCGACAACGCAACACCCACGUCUUCGACAUCUCCCGACGGCAAUGGCCAUGGCAAGGCGCCGGCCGUGGCCCCCGAGGCGCAGCGCACCAAGCUCGAGACCACGCUCGUCAUGGUCGCCCUCUGCAUCGCCCUCUUCCUCGCCGCCCUCGACAUGACCAUUGUCACGACCGCCGUCCCGACCAUCUCGGCCCACUUCCACUCGACGUCGGGCUACGUCUGGAUCGGCAGCGCCUACAUGCUCGGCAGCGCCGCCCUCGUGCCCACCUGGGGCAAGCUGUCGGACAUUUUCGGCCGCAAGCCCAUCCUCAUGACGGCCGUCGUCGUCUUCUGGGUCGGCUCGCUGCUCUGCGCCCUCAGCACCAGCAUGGGCAUGCUCAUCGCCGCCCGCGCCAUCCAGGGCGUCGGCGGCGGCGGCACCAUUGUCCUCCCCAACAUCUGCGUCGCCGACCUCUUCUCCGCCCGCAAGCGCGGCGUCUACUUUGGCUUCCUCGGCAUGAUCUGGGCCGUCGCCUCGGCCAUUGGCCCCAUCAUCGGCGGCGCCUUUACCCAAAAGGUCUCCUGGCGCUGGUGCUUCUGGGUCAACCUGCCCUGCGGCGGUCUCGCCUUUGCCAUCCUGCUCUUCUUCCUCAAGCUGCACAACCCCCGCACGCCUGUCAAGGCCGGCCUGGCUGCCAUUGACUGGGUCGGCAACGUCCUCAUCGUUGGCGGAACCAUUAUGCUGCUCAUGGGCCUGGAAUUCGGCGGCAGCCAGUAUCCUUGGAACUCUGCCACCGUCAUUUGCCUCAUUGUAUUCGGCGUCGUGGCUAUUGCCAUUUUCCUCUUGUAUGAAUCGCGCAUCGCCAAGUUCCCCGUCAUUCCUGUUCGGCUAUUCAACACUCGAACCAGCAUCGCCACAUACGUGACCUCGUCGCUGCACGCCUUCACCUUCAUCUCUGGAAGCUACUACCUGCCUCUGUAUUUCCAGUCAGUCCUCGGUGCCAACUCCCUGCUCUCGGGUGUAUAUCUGCUGCCGUUUGUCUCUGUCAUGUCCCUCAUGUCUGCCUUUGUUGGCUUUUUCAUCAACAAGACUGGCAAGUACAAGAUUGUCAUUACCAGUGGCCUAGCCUUGUCAACUCUUGGCUUUGGUCUCUUCACUUAUCUCGGAGAUCGCCCUCACUGGGAACGCAUUGUGCUCUUCCAGAUGGUUGCUGGCCUGGGUAUUGGCCCCAACUUCCAGGCUCCUCUCAUCGCUCUUCAAGCCAAUGUUGCACCCAGAGAUAUUGGCGCCGCCACGUCUAGUCUACAGUUUGUGCGCCAGCUCUGCACAGCCACAUCGGUCGCUGUAGGCGGUGUCGUCAUCGCCAACAGGAUGCAAGCUCAGCAAGGCCAUCUGACGGCCGAGCUUGGCGCGGACGUUGCGCGCUUGUUUGCAGGCACUGAUGCCGCCUCCAAUGUCGACCGUAUCAAGUCGCUGCCCGUGGAUGACCGCCAGAUAGUGAGAACGGCUUACUGGAACUCGAUCCAAAUCAUGUUCGCCGUCUUUACCUGCAGCUGCUUCCUCGGGCUGGUCGCCAGCUUCUUCAUCAAGCAGACCACUCUGUCCAAGCAGCAUACCGAGCACAAGACCGGCCUGCAGACGCUCAAGGCCGAGGAGAGGAAGAAGAACCAGAUCAACGACGAGGAGACUGGAAACGCCGCUGCUGUUGUCGCACCAACGACUGAAAAGUAA